AUGUCUGUGUUUCAAGAACAUUGGAGCCGUUGUCGAUACGCCAGGGAUGCAGGCUACGUCACAAACCAUGUAUUGAUUUUAGUGUCUUUGAUGACGAUGACGGCCAUAAGCGUGGACAGACUUCUCGCCCUGUUGUUGGGGCUGAGAUACAAACAAAUUGUAACUUUGAAGCGCACGUAUAUUAUUGUAACUACCUUUUGGGUUUUUAACAUUGUCGCCUCUUUAUGUGGAAUUUUUUAUCCCAGUAUAAUCUAUUUGUACAGCUACCUUGUUUCACCAUUUUGCCUGGUAAUAUCCUUCGCAUCGUACACAAAGAUUUUUUGCACUCUCAGAAAUCAUCAAGCACAAGUAGGAGACCAACAACGGACGAGCCAAACAAAUGCGCUGAACAUGGCACGAUUCAGAAAGGCAGUAGACAGUGCACUGUGGGUGCAGUUAGCAUUAGUUGUUUGUUACACGCCAAUGUUUACAGUGGAAAUUGUGGUCACUCGCACUAACAAAUACUCAUUACUCUUAGUCGUCGUACGGAAAGUAGCAAUUAUUUUACUUUACUUUAAUUCGACUUUGAACCCGUUCCUAUACUGCUGGAAGAUUAGUGAAGUUAGAAAAGCAGUGAAGCGGACACUGAAAGAAGCUCUUUGCUAA